GUCACUGUCAUGAAUGAUAGCCGGGUCAGAAAUACAGGAAGUGAUUUAAGGUUAGUUUAGAUUGCCAACAAUCAACAAAUUUUUAUACUGUUUUUAGUUUUUAUAUAAUAAAUAGCAAAUAAUUCUUCUACAACAUAUAUAAUCAAGAUGGAGCAAUUUUUUACGUUACCGUUUACAAUUUUGGAAAUACCUCAGAUGAGAAUUAAAAAACCUUCAUGGGUGAAACAACCCUCGGCAAUGACUGUGUUCUCAAUAGUAUUAGUUUCAUAUUUCCUUGUCACAGGAGGAAUAAUUUAUGAUGUGAUAGUUGAGCCUCCCAGUGUUGGAUCAACAACUGAUGAACAUGGACAUUCUAGACCUGUUGCUUUUAUGCCAUAUAGGGUUAAUGGUCAAUACAUAAUGGAAGGCCUGGCUUCAAGUUUUCUAUUCUCAUUGGGAGGAUUAGGAUUUAUUGUACUGGACCAUAUACACACUACAAGUACUCCAAAACUAAACAGACUAUUAUUAACUACUGUUGGCUUUAUUUGUGUCUUGGUUUCAUUUUUUACCACCUGGAUAUUCAUGAGAAUGAAAUUACCUGGAUAUCUUCAGUCAUAAGUAUGCUUUAAUAAAAUGUAUCUAAUUAUCCCAUUUUUGUACCUUGCAAUAAAAGAAAGAUCUGAAAUAUUGAUAUUAUUUGUAGUAUUUUUUGUUCUAUUUGAAGUUUAAAAUUAUUUUAAUACACAAUUUAAAAAAU